CAGCAAACUGCCAACACGGUUUGAUGCACCAUGUUCAUGACCGCUACAUCUAAAUGGUUGGGUCAACUCUCCCACAACUGUGCAUUUGCAUGUUCCACAUCAGUGCGUUCCACCCUGGGGCGUAUAUUUUACACAACUGACUCUCUUGAUCAGGAUGGAUUUCAUUCUGAUGAGGCGGAAAUCCGAAAUCCCCUUGAUGAUGAGAAAUCUCUAGUCAGGAAUUACCGAGUUCGCCAGGGAGGAGAUAUGAAUUCAAUACAUAUAUUGGGGACCGUCACUGGCAUCAGAUUUUAUCCCAUGCAAAACAAACCAGAACGGGACUGGGCUGCUAUAUUCGUCCGAACACGAACCCCAAAAAUUUCUACUUCACCUCCGGACGAAGCUGUUCUCGUGUCCACGUCGAACCGUGUUCACGUGUUCGACUAUCGAGUUAUGAACAUCGCACGACACCUAAAGUUAGGUGACCGACUCUUUGUUUCUGGUUUCUUGUCUUAUUACAAACAGCCUUUAGCUGAUUCCGCACCAGUUGGUGCACCAGUCCCCAAAGUUUGUUGCGUGGUAGCCCAACGCCUGGUGUUCAUGGGCUCGAUCCCUUUCGCGCCCACGGACGCGAACGAAGAGGUUUCUCUUUAGGACACAAAACGCAAUUUUCCUUCUUUUUUAUCGCGCCACACCAGAUUUCGGUGCUAUCACUGCAUUUUCCUCAUUGCAUUUUUCUCUCAUCCUGCGCUUUUGUUACCUACCGACUAUCCAAG